AUGAUUGUCUCCAAAACUCUGCAGUCAUUGUCAUCCCUUUUUGCUCGACGUGAUAUCAAUGGUCCGUUCAUAUCGUCUCUUGGAAGAGACGUAUUCAACGUGAUACGGCCGUUAGUAACUGGUGAUGAUGUUAUGACAAAGGUUAAGGAAAUAUCCGAAGAACAACUGCCGGUUGUUCAAGAAGCACUGAAAGCUUUAGAAGUGCUAGUGACAGUAGCUGAUGAUAAAAGAACAAGGAGAAUUCAUGAAUUCGCAAUGCAGCGGUUGAAUGCUGUCGCGCCAACAUGGCCAACUGAGUUCAAGCAAGUGUUGGCUUGUCACCCUACUUUGAAGAAACGGCUUGAAAAUGCGCUUCUGUUCCAAUCUAAUCGUCAAAUGCAAGCCCAACAAGUAGCAAAAGCUAAAGCUGUUGCUGCGGAAUCAAAGAUUCUGCUGUAA